AACUUCGAGAACUUGUAUUAAACAAUCUUACGUUUUCUUAUCCUGACGGGGACAUUUGUGUUUCGAUGCCGGAAAACAUGAGCCGGACACGCUUGUUCCUAGGGACGUGUUUUGGAGCUGCGCAUUACAAAAGCGUGACAUUAAACAGCAGAAAUGAUGUCGUUUUGUAGGACAUUUUAAUACUUCAUUCCAGGAUACAUUUAGUGUUUACUCACUGGCUGGAGCUAUUAGGCUCCCUUGAUUUGUUAUCGUCAUGUUUUCGCUAUUACACGUGAGCUGACAUCUUUUGAGAGCAAUGUCGCUCCACAGUGGUUCCUCUGAGGCUCGGACUGGUUCUGAGUGUAAAGCUUGACUUAUAAAACCACACUGAAGUUGUCUGUGAAAGCCUUUUGGACUUUAAGCAGGAUGAUUUGGGGAAGGUGUUUGCUCACUGCUGGGCUCCAGUGCUGCAGGUGUCGACUGAGCUGGCAGCUAAAGAGGCACUACAGGUUUCUUCCAGAUGAUGUCAAGUCAUUGCGGACAGUGGUCAAUCCUGAUAUAUCCAAAAUCCGAAACAUCGGCAUUAUGGCUCACAUUGAUGCGGGGAAGACAACGACCACAGAGAGGAUGCUUUAUUACUCUGGCUACACGAGAGCACUUGGAGAUGUGGACGAUGGAGAUACAGUCACAGAUUUCAUGGCUCAAGAGAGGGAGCGUGGCAUCACCAUACAGUCGGCAGCCGUCACGUUUGAUUGGAAAAGUUAUAGAAUAAACCUUAUAGACACCCCAGGACAUGUUGACUUCACUCUGGAGGUGGAGCGGGCACUUCGUGUUCUUGAUGGAGCAGUUGCCGUGUUUGACGCUUCUGCUGGCGUUGAGGCUCAGACUCUGACCGUGUGGCGACAAGCCGAGAAGCAUCAUGUUCCCUGUGUUUGUUUCCUGAACAAGAUGGAUAAGCCUGCAGCAAACUUAAGUUUUUCCAUUGAGAGCAUAAGACAGAAGUUGAAAGCCAACCCAGUCCUCCUGCAGAUUCCCGUCGGCAGUGGCAAAAGCUUCUCCGGUGUUGUCGACCUGUUAACCAACCAGAAGCUGAUUUGGAAGCUCGGAUCUUCAGAAGAUGACGGACGAAAGUUUGAAAGCAAACCUCUUGACCUGUCGGAUGAGCCUGAACUCCUGCAGGAGGUCACCGAGGCCCGGAUGGCUUUAAUUGAGCAGGUCGCUGAUCUGGAUGAUGAGUUUGCUGAACUGCUGCUGACGGAUUUUGGCGACAAUUUCGAUGCCGUCCCCUCCGUCAGACUGCAGGAGGCUGUGCGGCGGGUCACUCUGGCCCGUAAAGGCGUCCCCGUCCUCUGUGGGAGCUCUCUGAAGAACAAAGGUGUUCAGCCUCUCUUAGACGCCGUCGCUGCCUACCUGCCUGCCCCCAACGAACGACACCAUGACCUGGUGCGGUGGUACAAGGACGACCUGUGUGCUCUGGCCUUCAAGGUUCUCCAUGACAAGCAGCGCGGUCCUCUGGUGUUUCUUAGGAUUUACUCCGGUACUCUGAAACCACAAUCUGCCAUCCACAACAUCAACAGGAACAGCAUUGAGAGGAUGAGCCGGCUGCUGGUGCCGUUCGCGGAUCAGCAUGUUGAGAUCCCCUCGAUGACAGCGGGAAACAUCGCUCUGACUGUGGGACUGAAGCAGACGGUCACAGGGGACACCAUCGUUUCAUCGAAGUCUUCAGCAGCAGCCGCAGCCCGCAGAGCCCAAAAUGAUGGCGGAGGAGGGAAGAAGCGUGGUGAGCAGGCCAGCGUGGUCCUCUCAGGGGUGGAGGUCCCUGAUCCAGUCUUCUUCUGCACCAUUGAACCACCCACCAUGGCCAAACAGGCUGAUCUUGAGCACGCACUCAGCUGCCUCCAGAGAGAAGACCCCAGUCUUAAAGUUAGAGUUGACCCCGAUUCUGGCCAGACCGUUCUGUGUGGGAUGGGAGAGCUGCACAUAGAGAUCAUCCACGAUCGAAUCAGAAGAGAGUACGGCAUUGAGACUCACCUUGGACCACUGCAGGUGGCUUACAGGGAGACCAUUCUCCAUGAGGUCUCUACAACAGAUACGCUGGACCGUACUGUUGGAGAGAGGCGACAUGUUGUGACCGUGGCGCUGACCGUCAGACCUGUGGACAUCCUGUCUGCGAGUGCUUCUUGUGAAGUAACUCUCACAGAGGAACUGGAGACGCAGCUGUCACCAGAACUGAAGGAGGCGGUGGAGAACGGAGUACACAGCUCGUACCUUCAAGGUCCAUUGGUAGGUUAUCCUUUACUGGGUGUGUCCACGCUGAUCCAAAGCAUCAACGUCGAACCAGGAACAUCCGCCGCCAUGGUGUCAGCCUGCGUGUCUCGCUGCAUGCUUAAGGCCAUGAAACUAGCAGGAAAUCAGGUGCUGGAGCCACUGAUGUCGCUGGAGGUGACUGUCGGGGAGGAGCACCUCGGCGCCGUGCUGGGGGACUUGGCUCAGAGGCGAGGAACCGUCCAAGACAUCCAGAGUCGUCAUGACAACAAGGUGCUGCUUGCGAAUGUGCCCCUGGCUGAGAUGAUGGGCUAUUCCACCAUCCUCCGAACGCUAACAUCCGGUAACGCCACCUUCUCCCUGGAGCUGGACGUCUAUGAUGCCAUGAAUCCUCAGGACCAGAACGUCCUCCUUAAAAGACUGUCUGGUCUGCUCUGAUCUCAACCCAGUGCAGAAAUGGGACAAGCAACCUUCUGGGACUUUACCAGGACUCACAUUAAAGACUUGGCGACUGACAAGUAGCCUGAAUAUAUAAUAUUUAUACAUGAGCACCUACUGCAGAAGAAUAAUGGAAAUAUUGUACAAUGUUCUCAGUUGGAUGCAAAAUAAAUUUGCAGCCAGGAAUUUA